AUGAAUAUUGUAUUUAUCCCAGAAGUCCUGAUACGACCCAAUCAACCUCAAGGAGUAAUGAGCCUUUUAUAUUUCGAGAAACAGAACCUGUGGUUGCAAGCUCAACGCUGCAACAUGGGUUUCUUUUCAAUCGGUCCGUGCCUUCACUCAAUUAUUCUAAUAAACAGAGCUACGCUGAAUCUCAACCAGAGACCAGAUAUUCGAGCACCGGUUAUGGAAAUUAGUCUUAAGAACGACUCUCUCAUUACCCCCGGCUACAUAUUCAUGGCGCCAUAUCAAACGGAAUUACCAGGACCGUAUAUCUACGAUACUGAUGGUCUGACUCAAGAGCCCAGAAUCUGGUAUGGACCGGAGCCGAUGGCUCAACAACCGAACUUUUCCAUGGCCUGCAGGGGCCGUAACAUCAUCUUGAACAAAGACUAUGCGCAAGCGGCCACAGUACAGAGUGGGGAUGGUUUGACGCUCAGCGACAUGCAUGAGUUGGAUAUUAUUGAUAAUACCUCCGUUCUCAUUGCCAUUUACCAGCCGCGCCGCUAUAACCUAACGGCAUACAAUGUGUCCGCGGACAAUGGGUGGGUCAUGGAUGGCGUAUUUCAGGAGAUUAAUAUCACGUCGGGAAAGGUCCUCUUCGAGUGGAGGUCUCUCGAUCACGUCGGCAUAUCAGAAACAUAUACCCCGAUUCGACUUAAUACAGUCGUUGGAGAUGGUCUUAGCAAUGCGACUGCUUGGGACUACUUCCAUAUCAACUCUGUUGAUAAAAACGAUGACGGUGAUUAUCUUGUGUCUGCUAGACAUACUAGCUGCAUCUAUAAGAUAUCCGGUGCAGAUGGAUCCAUUCAAUGGCGACUAGGUGGCACCAAUAGUUCCAUUAAAUUGCAGGACUACAAUUUCUCCUCUCAACACGAUGCACGUUUCAUCCAGGAGAACGAUACCGUCACUGUUAUUUCACUCUUCGAUAACGCAAGUAAUGGAUAUAGAAACACGUCAUCAACGUCUUCAGGCAUUAUCGUGUCAAUUGAUCAUGCAACCAAUACCUCAAGCCUAAUGAAAAGAUACCAGGCUCCAGGUAAUGGACUCCUCUCGACGAGCCAGGGAAACCUCCAAAUACUGGCUAACCAGAACACUUUCAUCGGAUGGGGGAACAAUCCUUCAAUUUCUGAGCAUACCGAAGACGGAACGCCCGUGUUCUUGGCAACAUUAGAAGAUCCGCGGGCGAUGAACUAUCGUGCCUUCAAAUUCAAUUGGACCGGAGAGCCAAGCGACAAUCCCACUCUUCGUACAUAUGCGGCUGCCCCAGGCUCUGCAACCACGUUCUGGGUCAGUUGGAAUGGUGCCACUGAAGUUGACUAUUGGAAUUUCUACGGGACGACUUCGACGUCUGAGGAAUUUACGCUGUUGACCAAGGCCGACAGGCAAGGGUUCCAAACCACCUAUACGAGCACUGAUUACCACCCUCGAGCAUAUGCAGAAGCGGUCUCGAGCGAUGGGUCAAGUCUAGGUAAUUCGUCAGUCGUGAAUACGACGUCAUCUUUGCCCAGCCAAGACUAG